GAUCCGACAGAGCAAAAUCCUUGUACUACCAAGCCAAAGGACACUCAGAGAUUAUCGGAAUUACAUCAGGCCAACGAGAGGAUUCCAAGAAAGUGUAUUGGAGGAACUAAAUUUAUUAGCCAAUUCCUACUUUGACACACAGAGAUAUGUUGUGUUGCUAUUUGAUGAGAUGAAAGUCCAGUCAAAUUUAGUAUUUGACAAACACACUGGUGAGCUUAUUGGUUAUGUUGACCUUGGAGAGCCAGAUAUCAACUAUGCAACUCUUGAAAAGCAAGAUGACAUUGCAACGCAUGCCUUAGUUUUCCUCGUAAGAGGUGUUUGUACUGAGCUUAAAUUUGCACUGGCAUAUUUUGCUACGACAGGUGUAACUUCAGCUCAACUCAUGUCACUUUUCUGGGAAGGUGUGUGCAUCCUGGAAACUUCCUGCAAUCUCUGGGUUAUAGCAGCCACAGCAGACGGAGCAUCUCCUAACAGAAAAUUCUAUCGCCUACAUAAAGGGCUUGAUGAUGCACCUGGGAAAGAUGUAUGCUACAGAACCAUAAAUCUGUAUGCUCGACACCGUUACAUCUACUUUUUCUCGGAUGCCCCCCAUUUGGUUAAAACCACUCGCAAUUGUCUGCAUCAUUCAGGCUCUGGAAGAUGUACAAGAUACAUGUGGAAUAAUGGUCUUUUCAUCCUGUGGCAACACAUCACUCAACUUUUUUACCAAGAUGUCGAAAGUGGUCUAAAGCUGUUACCAAAGAUAACAUAUGAUCAUAUCUAUGUCACCUCCUUCUCGGCCAUGCGCGUGAACCUUGCAGCCCAAGUGUUGAGUGCCUCAGUCGCAGCCGUCCUCAGAUCCUUCAGCCCCCCAGACACAGCAGGAACAGCCCA